AUGGUAUGAGUUAUGAAGAGGCAGCCGGAUUAUCCGUUACUUGCCCUACUAGCUACGCUGCAUUGGUAACUCGGGCAAAUUUAAAAAAAGAUGAAUGGUGUCUUGUUCAUGCUGCAGCAGGUGGCGUUGGUAUAGCUGCCGUUCAGAUUGCCAAGGCCAUUGGUGCAAAGGUUAUUGCAGCUUGUGGAUCAGAAAAAAAGUUGACCAUUGCUAAAAGAUUUGGAGCUGAUUAUGGUAUCAAUUACAACGACAAAGAUUGGCAGAAACAGGUGUUGAAAAUUACCGCUGGGCAUGGUGUUGAUGUUGUAUAUGAUCCUGUUGGGUUAAUCAGAGCAUCUAUUAAGUGUAUAGCUUGGAAUGGCCGUCUGGUCGUAAUUGGAUUUGUGAGCGGAGAAAUUGAAAAGAUUCCAACUAACCUUAUUUUGUUGAAGAAUAUUUCGAUCUGGGGAUUAUUUUGGGGUGCAUAUGCCAAGUAUGAACCAGAACGAAUCCCGGAAGUGUGGGGUGAACUAUUUAAGUUAUUAUCAACGAAGAAAGUAAGACCAGUAAUAUAUGAGAAAAUUUACCACGGAUUAGAUAGAGUUAAAGAUGGAUUGAAUGCUAUUUCCGGAAGAGAAACUUAUGGUAAGGUUAUUAUUUCCCUUAAUGGUGGAAGGGAAAGUAAAAUUUGA